CUUCCAGCCAACUGGGGAAGCCAGAAGCAUCCAUCCCUAAAUAUUAGAGCGCUCCGGGGCAUCAGAGAGUGGCAUAGAAGUGGAUUUUGGAGUUAAUAGUACCAACCAGCCAUCCUUAAGGAAGAGCUUUGGAAAGUGGCUUCCACCACUAAGCAUUUUGGAACAGCCAUGGUGACUACAGCAGAAUGCAAGUCAACAUUUUGAGCUUUUUGUUAUCCUGCUUCCCCAAAUGCAGCACCAGGUUGUUUUGAAGCCCACUUGGAUGCUUUGGUUCACAUGGCAGCAGCAAACUUGACUCCCCCUGGCUCUCUGGAAGUAAACAAGCCGGGGUUUCCAAAGGAGAUCCUUGGGACUGAGUUGGAGGGGAAGUACCUGUGUACAGAGUGCAAGAAUAUUUUGAGGCGGCCGUUUCAAGCCCAGUGUGGACACCGCUACUGUUCCUCUUGCCUGAAAAAGAUCAUAAGCUCUGGGCCCCAGAAGUGUGCAGCUUGCAUUCAAGAAGGAAUAUACGAAGAAGGCAUUUCUAUCUUGGAAACUAGUUCGGCUUUCCCAGACAAUGCAGCCCGACGAGAGGUGGAGAGUCUUCCGGCAGUUUGCGUCAAUGAGGGCUGUGUGUGGAAAGGGACGAUUAAAGAAUAUGAGAGCUGCCAUGAAGGGAGCUGCCCGUUCAUGCUGGUCACCUGCCCGGCAUGUAAGGGCAUGGUCAGGCUGAAUGGAAAGGAGCGCCAUUCCGAACGGGAGUGCCCCGAGAGAAGCCUCAACUGUAAAUACUGCAAAGUCCUUUUCUACUUUCCCAAUAUUAAGGCCCAUGAUGAGGUGUGCCCAAAAUUUCCUCUCACGUGUGAAGGCUGUGGGAAGAAGAAGAUCCCAAGAGAAAAGUUUCAAGAUCAUGUCAAAACUUGUAGCAAGUGUAAAGCAUCUUGCAGAUUCCAACCUGUCGGCUGCACCGAGGUGAUGGAAAAUGAGAAGCUCCCUGAUCACGAGAACAAGCACAUCGGGGAACAUCUCUACAUGCUGCUGAGUUUUGUACUGAGUCUGGGAACUGAAUCCAGCAAGUUGCAGGCCCUGCCGGGUCUCCCGAUGGCUGAGGGCAGUUCUACUCUGUUGGGGGGCAACCCGCUGGUCUCUGAGUCAGAGAUUUCCAGCUCUUUAGAACUGUUAGGGAAAUGUGAAGCUCUGGAAAGGAAGACUGUCACCUUUGAGAAUAUUGUCUGCGUGCUGAACCGGGAAGUGGAAAGGGUGUCUCUCACAGCUGAAGCAUACAACCAGCAGCACCAGCUAGACCAGGAGAAGAUAGAAGCGCUCAGCAGUAAGGUUCGGCAGCUAGAGAGGAGCAUUGCACUGAAGGACUUGGCCCUGGCCGAGAUGGCCCGCACUAUUCAGGAGAUGGAAGUGUCCUCUUAUGAUGGUGUCUUUAUCUGGAAGAUCAGUGACUUUGCAAGGAAACGCCAGGAGGCGAUAAGUGGCCGCUCGCCUGCCAUCUUUUCUCCAGCAUUCUAUACAAACAAAUAUGGCUACAAAAUGUGCCUGCGGAUUUACCUCAAUGGAGAUGGCACGGGGCGUGGUACCCACUUGUCCCUCUUCUUCGUGGUGAUGAAAGGACCCAACGAUGCCCUCUUGCGGUGGCCUUUCAACCAGAAGGUCACCCUGAUGCUGUUGGAUCAGAAUAACCGGGAACACGUGAUUGAUGCCUUCCGCCCGGACGUAUCAUCUUCAUCUUUCCAGCGGCCUGUCAACGACAUGAACAUUGCCAGUGGCUGCCCACUCUUCUGCCCCCUCUCCAAGAUGGAAGCCAAGAACUCUUACGUCCGUGAUGACACCAUCUUUAUUAAAGCCAUUGUAGACCUCACAGGCCUCUGAUGCUUCCUUUCCCCACCUGGAUCUAGGAGUAUAGAGCUGUUCCCCAGGAGGGGCUACAGUCCUCUGUAUACCCUCCUGCAUGGGCAGCUGUGAGGAGAGGGCUAGGUGCUACCCCUGGAAAAAGGACUUGUUCCAUUUGGAGAGGACAGCAUAUGUUCCAGUGGAUACUUUUGGUCUUGGAAACACCCAUCGUUUGUAGUGACCCAUGUUCUUGCGGGGACAGUGCCCUCCAACUCAUCCUCAAGGAGGAAUCCAAAGGCUGUGCACUUCCCAACACAAAAAAGCUCUCUUGUCUUUUUGACUGAGUCCUGCACUUUUAUGUUCUCGGGAAGGCUGGAGAGGGAUGGGUGCAGUUGAGGCUCACAUGACGAUCUGGUACCUCUGUCGGAAGCACACUUACGUGGUCGGGGUGGGGGAGUUGGCCUGAGCCAUGCAGGCUGACUCUGUGCCAGCAGGCUAUUGUGACACUUAUGGGAGUCAAUAUUUCAGAAACGUGUGGAGAGAAGAGGAAGUUAUUUCCUUCAAGUGUCCUGCAGUUGCUGUUGAAGGAGGACUUCUCAGCCUGCUGAUGGGUAUGCUGUGGGAAAAUAAUGGACCUUAGAAAUUGUUGCUGGAGUGGAUCCUGACUGCUUGUAGCUCUCCAGGCUUGGAAAAGGGGAUAGGAGUGUGUGUUCUCCAGUGCUGAUUGUGUUCUACCAUGGUGCCUCUGGGUGGCCAGUUGCCAAAAUGGCAUGCUAAGGGGAAGAGAGGAAAGCUAAGAAUUGGGUCAUUAAAUGCAUAGCCCUGCUCCUUCACUGAGACCCUGGAACCCAUUCCAACAGAACAAAAUUGGAUCAGGUGACCUUCCCCUCUACAAUUUAUUAAUGAAAAAGAAAAUGAAGCACCCUGUUACCUGCUUAAUGUUUCAGAGGUUAAGACCAGGCUGAAGAGACAAACUCUGCAGUGCAAGAGAACUAUCGGGGUGUGCAUGUUUGCGAGGGUCACUGCAAGGUUAGCUACUUGUGACAUCUGGCUUACUGGAAAACAGUUGGCAGGUAGAUAACGGGGAGGGGUGAGUAGAUCAGGCUCCCCUUCCUGGGGGAAGUUGGCAUUUUGUGUUCAGUGGUUGUGGUGGCUGAGUAUGUGAAUGCUCAUCUCUGCUUCUUUUUCUGGCCAAUCUACUUAGCAACGCUGCCCCCUUAGCCCAGGGUGCUGGGUCAUCAAUGCUGCCAUUGUUCUGCUGGGUGCUUUGCUCUCCUAGGUGCCUUCAGCCUUGGGCAUGUCUCUGACCCUGGAGCCCAGGCCAGAAAAACGGGGGCGGUGGGGAAAUCUGUGGCUUUGUGGUCUUGCUGAGUAAGGAGAGUCAUGCAACAAGUGGCCUACUGGCUUGCCUAUCUUAGCCCCCCACUCCAUCUUAACAUUCUUAGUCUUCCUUUAGAGAAGGAUCCUGGAGACGCGGUUGCGUGGUAAAGUUGGCCUCUCUGGAGCUAGUUUGAGGUGGGCAUCUCUUGUUCUGCAGCGGCCUUGGAAUCUUUGCUCUGUACCCCCUGCCCCCAGCCAAGCUGCUUCUUGUAGGCGGAAAGGGUUUUUUGGUACAGAGGUUGUGUGUGUGCUCUUGUGCUUCAAACUAUUUAUAGUUUUCACUGUGAAAAGCCAGAAUCUGCUCUCUGAACUGCAAUUCCUUUUUGUGUCUUUUUCACUGCUCAGGUUUGUGCUUUGUCCUUUUUGUACACACACAAGCCUAUUUUACUAACACUGAUUUUUAGGGGAUGGGUAAACAGUGAGUAGGAAAAGAGCUGGUUUGGUUUGAGUGUUGGCUUAGAACUAGGCAGACUUGGGUUCAAAUCCCCACUUAGCCAUAAAGUUCCCUGGAUGAUGCUGGGCCAGUCUGUUUCCCUCUUCCUCGCCCCAGCCUUUCUUACUGGGUUGGUGUGGAGGUAAAAUGCAGGAUAAAACCAUUGUAUUGGAAGCUGCCUUGAUCUUUUUAGAGGAAUGAUGGGAUAAAAAUGAUUGACUAAAUAGGAAAACCCCAAAUAUUUGAUUUCCCCCUUGCAAGUAGCUGUGCAGAGCUCUGAAGCCCUCAUAUCCCACUUGCCCCCCUUUCUUGAGCUGCUCCAAUUUGCCCCUAGGAUUUCAAGCCUGUGUUUUCAAACAGUUAUGACUUGCCCCCUUCAGUGCUGAGUUUCCUAAACAUCCUUUUAUUUUCCCCCUCAGUCGCUUUCGGACCGGCAGAAGAGGUGGUCUCUUUUCCAGUCUGAUCCAAGUAAUUACUUUUGUAUAGAUGUGCAGGGCCUCGGGGAAGCUUCUAACUGACAUGUGGGUCUAGUGUGCAGCUAGGACCAGACUCGUCCACGUUCUCCCCGUCCGCAGGCCCCCAUUGUGUCACCUCCUUGGCAUCUGAAGCAGUUCUUUGUUCUGUUUCCUUUCCAGACACACAAAUCUGGGUUGUCUUCUGGCUGAUGCUACCAAAGGCAGAUUACCAGGCUCUACCUGGGUUUGUAGGGAAGGGCGUAGGAAAGCUUAGUGGGGGUUUCGGGGAUCUUCUCUCCCAUUUCUGAAUCAGCUAUAGCUUCUCUCGGGCAAGUUAUCUCUGAAAUGCAUGAAUAGAGCAAGACCUUUUAUUAAAUUUUCAGGUGUCACUCUAAACCUCUGCAGUGUACAUAAGACCAAUGGCUAUUUGCUCAAUUGAAACUCUGGGGAUGUCACCUUCAAAUGCAGAUGAUUCUACUGUGUCUCCACUUCAGAAAUGAUUGACUGCCCCAAUUACAUCUGAUCAAAGUAUCUCAGAUAACAAGUGUUGAGGAAAACCUUUCUGUGCCUGAGACUUUGGGAGGCUGCUGUCGGUCAGAGUAGGCAAUACUAAGCCAGAUGAGCUGAUGGUCUAAGACAGUUUCCUAUAUUUGGUGGUCAGAUGCAAAAGAGGAUUAGGGUACUGUUGCUUUCAUGCUCAAUAGGUUGUGGAGAUCCUAGAAAACUACUGCCAUUCAGAGUACAGGGCUAGAUGGACUAACAGCCUGACUUGAGAUGGCAGCUUAUGUGUAGAGCUUGCACACAGAAGGUCCCGGCUUCAGUCCUGGACAUCCCUGGUUAAAGGAUCUCAUGAAGCAGGUGAUACCCCAGAACACUGCUGCCACUCAGAAUACAUGCCACGAGAGUAUACAAGCUAGCCACCUCUACAAGUGGGAAUGUGAGCUCUGCCUUGGCUUCAGAAGCAGCUAUCAAAAUAGAGUCACACCAAAGUCUCCCUCCUUCAUUGACAAGCUGUAUAGUUAAGACUUGUGCAAGUCCCUCAAGCAUCUGCUUUGUGGAAAGGCAGUUUCUGGGGAAGAUCUAAUCUUGGCCAGUCCCUACUUACUAGAGAAAGCAGACAGACUUGUUUGUAGGAUUGUGCAUACCGUUUCUUUUUAAAGAAAAGUCAAAGCUGUAUUUUACAAGCUGUGUAACUUAUACAAACUCACAUGAUAUUUAAUAUUUAUUCUGCUGGACUUAAGAGAAGGGCCAUACCCCCUUGAUCCCUGGCAGUCAUAGCACCUUUGGAGAUCCUGAGGCUCACCACCUCGUGAAUCUUAUUUCUGCAAUCAUAAAGGGCUACAAGUUUACUUGUGUUUUUGAAAACCAUAUCUGAGAUUCUUAAAGAGGCCAGAUCCUACAGCUGGUACCACGUGAGUGGUACAUUUUUCUGUGGUUGUGGGGAAGUAAGCACAGCCCUGCUCUGUAAAUAGGUAUGUAAGAACUGACCACAGAAAGACAUAUUUGGGGGGAUGUCUAAGCAGGGUAAGAACAUGGAAAAGGCACUGUGAUGCAGUCGUUUCCCAACAGCAGCUGCUUAUAACCUGUCUUCCAUUAGAGCAGCAAGUUAACCAAGUUGUUAGUUAUGAUAGCUAAAUAGAACCUGCAUGUUCAGAGACAGUAUAUCUGAAUAGCAGUGUAGGGGAAGUAAUGGAGGAGGGAUGUUGCUUUCCUGCUGAGUGUGUGAACUGCCUACAAGUAUCUGACUGGUCACUGUGGGAAACAGGAUGCUAAGCUAGGUGCGUCUUUGGCCUGGUCCUGUAAGGCUGGCCUUGUGUAACUGGGUGCUGAAACUUCAGUUCUGCUUUGUGCCCCCUCCCCUGAAAGAAGAAGAGCUAAUUGCAGAGCAGAGAAUGGGCCACAUUUUGCCAGUCAGGCUUUUGGUUUGUUUGGGGACGGUCCGGGGCACCAGCCACUUGACUGGACAGUGGAUUUGGUUGCCAUUCUGAAAAUCCUGUUUUGCUGUGCUGAAGAAGUUUAAUAAAAGCUGUGACCAAGA